UUGAAAUCAUUUUCACACGAGCAGCCGAAGCGAGCAGACCUGACGCAAUCAUAAGAUGAAGAUAAUACUAACGUUGGCCGGGGUCUUGGCCCUUGCUGUCUCCACGCCGACUCCUGUCCAAUCCAAGGUGGUCUGCUACUAUGACAGCAAGAGCUAUGUACGAGAAUUUGAAGGAUGCAUUUAUCCAGCUCAAGCACGUAUGCUGCCAUUGGACCUGGAUCCAGCGCUGUCCUUCUGCACACACCUUGUGUAUGGAUAUGCCGGAAUCCAGCCUGACACUUACAAGAUGGUGCCACUGAACGAAAAUCUGGAUGUAGACCGCUCCCAUGCGAACUAUCGCGCUAUCACGAACUUCAAAAGCAAAUACCCCGGACUCAAAGUUCUCCUCUCGGUUGGAGGGGAUGCUGAUCUGGAAGAGGAGCAGAAAUACAAUCUUCUGUUGGAAUCACCUCAAGCAAGAACUGCUUUUGUCAACUCGGGCAUGUUGUUAGCUGAACAACACGGUUUCGAUGGUAUCGAUCUUGCCUGGCAAUUCGCCCGUAUCAAGCCGAAGAAAGUUAGAUCUACAUGGGGUUCUAUUUGGCACGGCAUCAAAAAAACCUUCGGUACAACUCUCGUGGAUGAGAAAGAGGCAGAACACCGCGAAGGUUUCACUGCUUUAGUAAGAGAAAUGAAACAAGCUAUGAGUCUCAAGCAAAUGCAGCUAUCUAUCUCUGUGCUACCUAAUGUCAAUUCUACAAUUUACUAUGAUGUCCCCGCCAUCAUUAACUUGGUAGAUAUUGUAAAUCUACACGCUUUUGAUUACUACACAGCAGCUAGAAAUCCUAAGGAAGCUGACUACAGCGCGCCUACAUACAAACCUCAAAACCGUAAUGACCUCCUCAAUGUGGACGCUGCCAUUUCCUACUGGUUAACAGCAGGUGCGCCCAGUUCCAAGAUCGUCAUAGGAAUCGCCACCUAUGCCCGAACAUGGAAACUCGACUCCGACAGUGAGAUAAGUGGCGUGCCACCGCUUCACACAGACGGCCCCGGAGAAGCAGGACCUUACACAAAAACUGAAGGUCUUCUCAGCUAUCCUGAAGUGUGCGCUAAGUUGAUAAAUCCCAACCACCAAAAGGGGAUGAGACCACACUUGAGGAAGGUCACGGAUCCAAGCAAACGUUUCGGAACUUACGCUUUCCGUCUUCCUGACGACAACGGUGAUCCCGGUUUGUGGGUGAGCUACGAAGACCCAGACACAGCUGGACAGAAGGCCAGCUACGUUAAAUCAAAGAACUUGGGCGGUGUUUCCAUUGUCGACCUCUCAAUGGAUGACUUCCGCGGCUUGUGCACCGGUGACAAAUACCCGAUCCUUCGGGCUGCAAAAUACCGACUGUAAAGAAAUAUUUAAGUUAUUGAAUAGUCAAGCAAGCUUCAAGUCCUAUCUAUGUGUUAAGAACAACUAAUCCGUGAACAUUAGACGAAAUGUAUUACCUAUUUCGAGUUAAGAAAGUAAACUGUACAGUAAAAUCUCUUUAUUCGCAGGGUAUAUGUUCAUAAAAUUAAGACUUCGUUCCAUAGAUGGAUCAAUGUUCAUACAGAAAUCGCAAAGCUCAUUUGCCAUUAUUAAACCUUCACUUAGAUUUUUCAGAGUAAAUGUCACAUUUUCAAUGCUAGUUGAAGCCUCUUCUUCAAUGGGCUGUGAAUUUCAUCUUGUGAUUCAAGCAAUUCCUGAUUUACUAUCAUCUCCUAUUCCAUUUGAAAUUUCGGCUAUGUUUGCAGUUAAAGUUUCAACCUGCACGGAUUCUUCAUUUCCCGCAGUCAGAGCAAGCCAUAGUUUUUUCCAGCAUGCAUGACUUCAAUAUUUGGUUUCAGUUCUUCCAAUGAUUCUUUUAUGUUUACGAUGCAUUUUGCUAUGCCAAAUUUCUUCCAGCUUUUGUAUGAAAUUUUAGAUCUGCGAAUAAAGAAAUUUUUAAUCCGCGAAUAGUGAAAACGCGAAUGAUGGAAGCGCGAAUAGGGAGCUUUUACUGUAUUUGGAAUGUUUGCAUCGUAGUUUUAAGAAGUAUAUCCGAUUGAAAUUGUGUAUAUCUUAUUACUAAUAAAACUUUGACUAACGAACUCUGCACAGUUCGUGAUAAAUAAUUUUGACGAUAUCUUUUUCUAAAUUUAUCAAACUAAUUAAUGAAUGAUAAUUAUCUUUUUAAAGUUCUCUGUUGAGCAUUUGAGCGCGGGCACAGAGUUUAUAAAUCAAGUUUUUUUUAAUUGGUUUUGUGUAAUAAAUAAUAUUUCCUAAAA